AUUACUCCGUAAAAAAGAAAGAAGAAACGAUUGAAAAAUAUCGGCACGGACCAUGCUUUGUUGUUCUUCUUCUUAUUGUUAGCGCAAAGCAUAAAAUUUGCACAAAGAGAGAUACCAAAAGAGAAGGAGAAGGAGAAGAAGAAGAAGAAGAAGAAGAGGAGGAAGAGUAAAGAACUGAAGGCGAUGAUGCGUUAACGUAAAAAAAUCUAAUUCCUUCUUUCUCUUUUUCUCUUCUUUUGAUUUUCAUCUUUUCAUUUUUAUUUCUUUCAAUUCACGUUUCGAUACGAAAAUUACAUUACCAUUUUGUCUUUGCAAUUCCUAACCUCAAUUCUUCUCUUGGCGGCUCCUCCCCUCUGUCUGUCAUUUUCAAUUUCUGAUUCUCCCUUUUCGCCUUUUCCAACUUCUUAGCUUCGUUUCUCACUUCUCUCACGAGCUUUUACUCUUCAAGCCAACUACUUAUUCCUUCGCUUUUGUUACUCUUAGCUCCAUUACUUUACUGGGUUUGUUCCACUUCUAGGGUUUUUCUUGGUUUUCACUUCAGGGUUUAGGACCAGGUCUUUUCUGGUCCGCAUUCUAGGGUUCUACGCUGAGCUGAAAACCGGAGGGGUUUGGCAUUUGGGUCUUUUCUUAACAGUUUCGCGUUACCAAAUUUGAAUUCUUUGACCCAUUUUGUUUUUGGAAUUUGGGUUUUCUUUCGGCUCUGUUUUACUCAAUUGUACCGAGUUGUUUUAUUGUGUUGGAAAGCAAUGAGUUGGCAAGAAACAGCCUGAAGGGGGGAGGGUUUGUUUCUGGGUUUGAACUUAGAGAUGAUUGCAGAGAAACCCAGUUGGGUUAGGCAUGAGGGCAUGCAAAUUUUCUCGAUUGAUGUCCAACCUGGUGGACUGAGAUUCGCUACUGGAGGAGGUGACCACAAGGUUCGGAUAUGGAAUGUGAAAUCUGUGGGUAGGAGCUUAGAAGACGAUGAUUCAAAUCAGAGGCUUCUUGCAACUCUUCGUGAUCACUUCGGGUCAGUUAAUUGUGUUAGAUGGGCUAAGCACGGUCGUUAUGUGGCAUCUGGGUCUGAUGAUCAAACCAUCCUUGUUCAUGAGAAGAAACCUGGUUCAGGGACCACUGAAUUUGGAAGUGGGGAGCCCCCAGAUGUUGAGAAUUGGAAAGUCGCUAUGACUUUGAGGGGGCACACAGCUGAUGUGGUGGAUCUUAACUGGUCUCCAGAUGACUCAACAUUAGCAAGUGGGAGUCUUGAUAACACAGUUCACAUAUGGAAUAUGAGCAAUGGUAUUUGUACAGCUGUUUUAAGGGGCCACUCUAGCCUUGUGAAAGGAGUUGCCUGGGAUCCCAUAGGCUCUUUUAUAGCCAGUCAAUCGGAUGACAAGACAGUUAUUAUAUGGCGAACAAGUGACUGGAGCCUUGCUCACCGAACUGAUGGCCACUGGACAAAAUCUCUUGGUUCUACAUUUUUCCGGCGGUUAGGCUGGUCACCUUGUGGACAUUUCAUCACUACAACUCAUGGUUUUCAGAAGCCCAGGCAUUCUGCACCAGUCUUGGAGAGAGGGGAAUGGUCUGCCACAUUUGAUUUCUUAGGACACAACGCUCCUGUUAUUGUUGUGAAAUUCAACCAUUCUAUGUUUCGGAGGAAUCUAACUAAUGCUAAUGAGAUGAAGGCUGUUCCUGUUGGGUGGACAAAUGGAGGCUCGAAAAUUGGAGGCAAAGAAUCCCCAUCUUAUAAUGUGAUUGCAAUUGGUAGCCAGGACCGCACUAUAACUGUUUGGACAACAGCAAGUCCUCGCCCUCUUUUUGUUGCCAAACAUUUCUUUACUCAAAGCGUUGUUGAUUUAUCUUGGAGUCCUGAUGGAUAUUCACUCUUUGCAUGUUCCUUGGAUGGAUCGGUGGCAACUUUCCAUUUUGAGGUUAAAGAAAUUGGACAGAGGUUACCUGAUGCUGAACUUGACGAGAUUAAGAGAAGUCGUUAUGGUGAUGUUAGAGGUCGGCAAGUGAAUUUAGCUGAAACUCCUGCUCAACUGAUGCUUGAAGCAGCUUCAUUAAGGCAAGUCUCAAGCAAGAAAGUGGUUCCAGAAACUCAACAAAACCAGACACCGGCAAAACCUUCAAUAGAUGCGAGGGAUGGCACCAAGAUUUUGGAACCCCAAGUUGAUGAUUCAAAGAAGACUGGCGGAGCUAGUGGGGAUAGUUUAAAUAAGGUUUCGUCAGCUCCCCCGAAGAUAUCUAGUCCUGUGAAGCAAAGAGAAUAUAGAAGACCUGAUGGAAGAAAGAGAAUUAUUCCAGAAGCAGUUGGAGUGCCCGUUCAGCAAGAAAAUAAGUCUGGUGGGAUUCAGAGUAGCAAUGCAGUUGAUUUCCCUUCUCUGUCAUCGGACCAAAAAAAGGAUAAUAAUGGUGUGGCUGCACCUGAAUGUGUAAGGGAAAAUUUUGUGAGGGGAGCACCUAGCAAACAUACUGAUUCAAAGGAGCGUACCGGGGUCACAGCUCGAACAACAAUCACUGAUAGUUUAGUCAUUGAGAAGGUUCCACUCUCUGAAGGUAAGGAUGAAAAUAUCAUAAUUGAUCAUCCUGGGAAUUUAAAGACGUCUAGUUCGUUGGCUACUUGUAGUUCUGUACUGUCAAUUAGGGUGUUCGAUAAGAAAGAAGGGGAAUAUAAUGAACCAAUAUGCUUGGAAGCUCGACCAAAAGAACAUGCUGCUAAUGAUAUUAUUGGGGCUGGAAACACAUCAAUGUUAAAAGAAACGGUUAUUUCUUGUACUAAGGGAUCUAGAAUUCUGUGGUCUGAUAGAGUCUCCGGGAAAGUCACCGUUUUGGCUGGAAAUGCAAAUUUUUGGGCGGUAGGGUGUGAAGAUGGAUACCUACAGGUUUAUACUAAGUGUGGUAGACGUUCUAUGCCAACUAUGAUGAUGGGAUCUGCUGCCACGUUUAUCGAUUGUGAUGAUUGUUGGAAAUUGUUGCUGGUGACAAGGAAAGGUUCCUUGUAUGUAUGGGAUCUGUUUAACCGCAGUUGUCUCCUUCAUGACUCGCUGGCAUCACUAAUUCCUUUGAACCCUAAUUCAUCCACGAAAGAUUCUGGCACAAUUAAAGUUAUAUCUGCCAAGCUGUCAAAAUCUGGUUCUCCACUGGUUGUUUUGGCCACUCGCCAUGCUUUUCUUUUUGAUAUGAGCCUUAUGUGUUGGCUGAGAGUAGCAGACGACUGUUUUCCUGCAUCAAAUUUUUCCAGCUCUUGGAACUUGGGGUCAAUCCAGAGCGGAGAGCUUGCAGCACUGCAGGUUGAUAUCAGGAAAUAUUUGGCUAGAAAGCCAGGUUGGAGCAGGGUCACCGAUGAUGGGAUGCAGACACGUGCUCACCUAGAGACUCAGAUGGCAUCUGCGCUGGCAUUGAAGUCACCUAAUGAGUAUCGCCAAUGGCUUCUAUCAUAUAUACGCUUCUUGGCAAGAGAAGCAGAUGAAUCUCGGCUACGUGAGGUUUGUGAGAGUUUACUUGGACCACCAACUGGGAUGGCUGGAGAUGCGUUGGCGGAUACAAAGAAUCAAGCCUGGGAUCCUUGCGUGCUUGGAAUGAGAAAGCACAAACUUCUAAGAGAAGAUAUACUUCCUGCCAUGGCAUCAAAUAGAAAAGUCCAGCGACUACUUAAUGAAUUCAUGGAUCUCCUCUCCGAGUACGAAAACAAUGAAAAUAACAUUGAUCCAAAAGCUUCCCUCCCGGCAGCAUCAAGCCUUCAGGAACCAGAUCAUGAGCACUCUGCUCCACAGCAAGCUGAUAAAAUGGAAACUGACGCUACACUUCCUCAACUAAAGGAUUCCUCCGAGUUGGAAAUUGAUCAAACAAGUUUUGCUCCACCUGUAGCCCCGGUUGAUCUGGGCCAGCCAGUAAAGAAUCUAAUUAACUUAGCCUCAGAAGCGAAAAACUGACGUUCUCGUUGACCCAACGAAUCACAUCGCAUUCAAAACUAAAUUCUGCAACUGACAGAUUAAGCUACGUAUGUAUCACAGCACACCCAGUUAUGUUCUUCAAGUUCAUUCUUGAUACCAUGCCUGCCAGUCCUCCAAACAUAUAUGUGCAGGAGAAAGGCUUUCUGUCUCCAUUAAUCGUCAGGGACAUUCUUUUCAUAGGAGUACUCUAUCCGAAGUAAUAGUUCCAUGUUCAGAGUUGAUUCUUAGGAAUGGUGGCUAGAAGUGAGAAUUUUUCUAUUUCUUCUUCCAUUCAACUUCUUUCUCUUCAUUUUGUAAAAUGUUGAAACAUAGUGUCCAUUUAGAUAACUCAGAGUCACUUUUGAUUACAAGUUCGUAGAUUCUGAAAUCUAAAGAUAUAUCAGUACAGCCAAGGGAACCCUUUCCUUAGAUAGCCAAGGUCUUUGGAAAUGAUACAGAUUUAGCUACAAACAUUUGUAUGAUAUUUGUGUUAAAAUGUAGAUUGAAGGUUUCUAUCUAUUUAUCGAGAGAACCCUGCUUCUGAAA